GCAAAACUGCCUGCUGUGGCGGCUCCUUGUAACAAAGGGAGCAGCCAAAGGCCUCGGGUCAUACUCUCACAAUGCCCAUUGAUCAAUGUUGCAGCAACCAAACAUUAUUUUUCUGUCUCUUAUCAAGCCCUAAAAAAAAAAAAAAUCUGGACUCUUGUUACUCUCAGCAUAAUGUCUGCUGUCUGAUUUUAGAUGUAAAGUCACAUCCUGCAGUGGCUCUUAAUGUACCAGUUUGUUUUGUUUUACCAAGCAUAUCAUGAGCAGCCAGUCACAAAGACAUUUGUUAGUUUUCAUGCUGCCAAAAGACACAUGCCUUUGGCAUCUCUGCGUUUGGCUGUUGUCUCCAUCAUUGACACUGAGGUUACUAGUACUCGUUGAGUGCUGAUGCAUGGCUUCCUCAGUGGACCGGACCUUGUCGCAUGUUGCUGGGGGCCCCCAGGGAUGGGGUGACCCCUCCUCUCUUGCCGUCAUCACUAGCAGGGUCCCAAGUGUAUCAGCAGCCCUGGGAAAGUUUCAGUUUUUCUGUGGGAACAUGAACUGUACACUGAAACCAGUGACAAAAAGGGGAAAAGGAGGGAGAGGUCUGUGUCUGUGUGCAUGUGGAGGUAGUGUGUGUAUGGCUGGUGGGCUGGACUGUAGUACAGCAUGUGUUUGUGUGUACAUUAUAUGCAUCCAGCAGCCAUUAUGUGCCACUGAGAAUGUUUACGUGCACAUGUGAAUGAACUCUGACACAAAAAAAGCAUAAAAUUUCUCUCACUCACUCACUCACUCACUCAUUCACUCAGUCUUUCUGCCUGUCUGUUUCUCUUUCACCCCUUUUUAUUGGAAGCAGGAGGCGGGGGAGGAAAUGGACCAGUGAUGUUUUUGGAGCAACUCAAGAGCUCUGAGCUUUUCGUUUUGGGAGCGGAAGUGCCAAAGGCAGUUAAUUUAGAGAGACAACAUGUAUCUGGUUUGAGUAAAUGGCUUUGGGUUAGUCACAAAACUUUUUGUACUUCACCACCACCACCAAAAUGUUCAGCUCUGUCAUCUUGUUUAUGCCUGAAAACACCACCUUUAGUAACUUUGUACAGCUUGAUGGAUACAGUAAAGGUGGUAUUGCCAAAGAUGUUCAAUUAAAUUAAAACCACGAAGACUUCCUGUUCCUGAUUAGAUUGAGAAAUGUAAUCUUCAAAACAUGUGUUCUAUCAUGUAAUGUAUGAAAAUGAUCCAAUUUUUAAAAAUAGAAAUGGAAAAUUGGUGUGCAUUUUCUUAUAAAGAUAUUAAAUGAGGGUACGAUUUCUCAAGAUACAUUUCACAAUUUUUCCACUGCCUCACUCCUUCUCUUCCUCCUCCGCCCUCGCUCUUCUCAAGAAUCAGUCUUCCGCCCUCUCAUUCUUUUUCCCACCCUCUCACAUACAGGCCUGUGAUCCAUCCUUAACUGUUUCCAGACGGCUGUGUGCUGCAGGCCUUAACCCCUAUCCUAAACAUAACAGCAAACCACCCCUCCCCUCCUCCCUUUGGCCCCUCACUGUGCUCUCACAAUUAGAGCUUCAAGGUCUUUGAUAACAGUCUUGAUGAUGGUAAGCAUGAGUCCACUCUGACCUCAAUAAGUGCUGAAUCGAUUGAUGCUGAUAUCACUUUGGUGUACAACACGAUACCCUAUUAGUUUUGCAAAACCAUAGCAACCUUUCAGAUCUCCAAAUACACUCCUUUGUCUGUGGCUUUGGUGAAUGCCCUCAUUUUCACUUCUGUUUUUACCAAAACCAAUUAAUGGCUCAGCAUGGCUGUAGAACAGCUCGGAUGCAGCAUUGUUGCCAGUGAGCGUGUUGCAACGCUGCACACAGUGACCCAUUUGUUAGUGGGCAGAAAGCUGGUGAACCAGGAACAAAAAGAGCCAGACAUUGUUGCUCUGUCCUGGUGCAGCGAGGCAUCAAAUACCUCCAGAGAGAGCUGCAUCUGUACCUCGCUUUCUCUGUGUGGGCCAGUUGCUACUAAAGAAAGCAGCAUGACGACAAACUCAAUACUUUUUGUUUCCAUUUAAUAAGAGAAGAGCAUAGUUUGAUGUCUUUCAUUUGAAGCAUUUUGUUCUGACAUGCAAUAAGAUUUAUUUUCUCACUUAACCUGACCUGCUGGAGCUUACGAGAGCAGGAACCAAUCCAUCAUGAUAUGAAGCUCAGCUCACAUGGACAGAUGUUAACUCUGUUCCACUUAUUUUAAUUGAGAGCAAAGUGACUCGAAGGGCUCCGUGAUGAGGAAGGUGACAGCAUCCCCGCUCCACCUGACAUUCACGUUUACAGCUCUGCUGUAUUUCUGCACCGAGUUGUGCUGCCUGGAGAUCACGCCCGGUGACAAAGAGUUUGUUCUGGCCAAGGGCUCCUCUCUUACCCUUACCUGCUCCGGCUCAGGAGAGACCACCUGGGGGUUUAAGAAGGAUGACGUGCCGUACUUUCAACUGGAACCACCUAAAAUUGGUCAUCAAAACUACAAGAUUGUGCAAAGCGGUCCCACAUCCAGUGUUCUGACCUUGUUCAGUGUGAGCUGGAAGCACACAGGCGUGUAUCAGUGCAUUGAUCGACACACUAGAGAAACUGAGGAAGUGGCUGUGUUUGUCCCAGACCCUGAAGUGUGGUUCAUAGAGAGCUCUCAUGGCAUGGUAACAAAGACCAGUGAGGAAAGCACCAUCCCCUGUGUGGUCACCAACCCAAACAUUAGUGUCACCCUGCACGAGAGGGACACUGACAUACCCAUAAAUGGGGUGUAUGUUCCCAGUGAGGGCUACAAGGCACUGGUGGAGGACAGGAAUUACGUGUGUCGUGGGGAGCUGAACGGGGACGUGAGAGAUUCUGAGGCCUUCUAUGUUAUCAGCAUUGUAGUCCCAGAGGCCAUUGACGCCUACAUCAAUGCUUCAAAGACAGUCCUGAAGCAGGGUGAACCACUAAUAGUAAAUUGCACAGUGCACGGCGUGGAGUUGGUGAAUUUUUCUUGGGAUAUCCCCAAGAGAGAGCUUAAUGAUAUUGAGCCACUGACUGAUGUCCUGUCUGCCAUGAGCAUGCGGUCCUGCCUGAUCUUCUCUCACACCACAGUGGACAACAGUGGAAACUAUGCCUGCUACGUCCAUGAGGGUGUCCAAGACCAGAGUGCCUUUGCCAGCAUCAACAUCACUGUUCUUGAACACGGCUUUGUGGACAUUAAACCUGCUCAGCAGCAAAACGUUUCAGCCAAUCUACAAGAGAACGUGGAGUUGAGAGUGGAGAUCGAGGCCUACCCUCCCCCACAGGUUCACUGGACCAAGGAUGGCGCCAGCAUCAAGGGAGACAAAACCAUCAUCGUUAGACAAGAGCAUGAAAUAAGGUACGUAAGUAUCCUCACUUUGGUGAGGGUGAGGACAGAGCAGAAGGGCCUCUACACUGUUCAUGUUAGCAAUGGAGAUGAUACAAAGCAACUGACCUUUGACCUGGAAGUCCAAGUUCCCUCUCAGAUUAAAGACCUGACUGACCACAGUCUCACAGGGAAAAGACACUUGGUGACCUGUGUAGCUGAGGGAGUCCCAGCUCCAGCCAUACAGUGGUACAGCUGUGACAGCAUGCUCACGUGUAGCAACCAGACAGCGUUGUGGCAGCCACUGAUGCCAGAGCCCGAGGUGCUGAGCAUCCAGACAAAUGUGAGCUACAAUGAGACACGUAAGGUCAGCCAGGUGCGGAGCCAGGUGACCUUCCACACGCCUCAGCAGGUCACAGUUCGCUGUGAGACCAGCAACCAAGUGGGGCUCUUCAACAGAAGAGACAUCAAACUCGUGUCCAGCUCUCUUUUCUCCCAGGUGGCAGUGUUGGCUGCUGUGUUAGCCUUAGUGGUCAUUGUUAUCAUGUCUUUCAUCAUCCUCAUUGCAGUUUGGAGGAAGAAACCUCGCUAUGAGAUCAGAUGGAAGGUGAUAGAAUCUGUGAGCCAGGAUGGACAUGAGUACAUCUACGUGGACCCCAUCCACCUGCCCUACGACCUGGCCUGGGAAAUGCCCCGCGACAAUCUGGUGCUGGGUCGCACUCUUGGAUCAGGAGCGUUUGGCAGGGUGGUUGAGGCAACUGCAUAUGGUCUCACACAUUCGCAGUCCAGCACAAAGGUGGCAGUGAAAAUGCUGAAAUCUACAGCCCGGAGGAGUGAAACUCAGGCCCUGAUGUCAGAGCUGAAGAUCAUGAGUCACCUUGGUCCUCACCUCAACAUUGUCAACUUGCUCGGAGCUUGUACCAAACAUGGCCCUCUGUACCUGGUGACUGAGUACUGUCGCUAUGGCGACCUGGUGGACUACCUGCACAGGAACAAGCACACCUUCCUGCAGUACUAUGCUGAGAAGAACCAGGACUACAACUGCCUCAUCUCCAGAGGAAGCACCCCUCUCAGCCAGAGGAAAGGCUAUGUGUCUUUCGGAAGUGAGAGUGAUGGCGGAUACAUGGACAUGAGCAAAGAUGAGCCCUCAAUCUACGUUCCCAUGCAAGAGCAGUUAGACACCAUCAAAUACGCAGACAUCCAGCCUUCUCCGUACGAGUCUCCCUACCAGCAAGACCUCUACCAGGAACAAGGAGGCAACAGAUUAGACCUGGUGGUCAGCGACUCCCCCAGCCUCACCUACGAAGAUCUUUUAGGAUUCAGCUACCAAGUGGCGAAGGGGAUGGAGUUCCUCGCCUCCAAGAAUUGCGUCCAUCGUGACCUUGCUGCCAGGAAUGUGUUGAUCUGUGAGGGAAAACUGGUGAAGAUUUGUGACUUUGGCCUGGCCAGAGACAUCAUGCACGACUCCAACUACAUCUCCAAGGGCAGCACCUUUCUACCUCUGAAGUGGAUGGCACCUGAAAGUAUUUUCCAUAAUUUGUACACCACCCUGAGUGAUGUCUGGUCAUAUGGCAUUCUUCUUUGGGAGAUUUUCACUCUGGGAGGGACCCCUUAUCCUGAUUUGCCCAUGAAUGAAUUGUUCUACAGUGCUUUGAAGAGAGGCUACCGAAUGGCCAAACCCGCCCAUGCCUCUGAUGAAGUUUAUGAGAUCAUGAAGAAGUGCUGGGAUGAAAAGUUUGAGAAGAGGCCCGAGUUCUCAUUUCUGCUUCACAGUGUGGGGAAUAUGCUGACAGACAGCUAUAAAAAGAGAUACAGCCAAGUCAAUGAAAACUUCAUGAAGAGUGACCACCCGGCAGUCGCCCGCACCAAACCCCGACUGACCUCACCCUUUCCAAUCGCCAACCCAGCAUUUGGCUCUCCAUCUCCUGUCACACUCUUGUCUCCACUGGAUGCCUACAACCAAAACUCGAGGCCCAGAGACUUCAGACAAGAGGCAGACGCACAGGAAGUCAUACCGUCAUACAACGAGUACAUCAUUCCCAUCCCAGACCCUAAGCCAGAAGAUGCUUUUACUGACGUCCCACCAGAAAGUCCUGCAAGCUCUGUGGGUCUGGGCGAGGAGACCGACUCCAUGUCCCAGGACACAGCUGACACUCUUCCAGAGGAGGACCGGCUGGAGGAGACCAGCGAGAGAGAUGCUCUGCUGGGCUCAACUGGGACGCCCGAGGUAGAAGACAGCUUCCUGUAGCCACACAUAGGAGCUCUGAGAAAACAGAGUCCCUUUCUGGGGCUGAAAAGGGAACUCAACUAAAAUGUAGCAAACUAGAGACUGAGAUGGCAAUCUCUGUAUUUUCAAUAAGCACACAGAAAGUUUCUUUUUUUUUUUAACUACAGUCACAUUUUUUAAAAAAAUGUUUCAGUUGUAUUAGGAAACUUAACACGGUACCCUCCUCACAUUUCUUUACACUUAGUUUACGAUGUGUAGUGAUGUGUUUAAUAAGUUUUCCAUUUUGCCUAGAGAUUAAGGUGGUACUCUAACAUAUGCAAGGCUUAUGAGGCCUUGAGAAAUAUGUGCUUCAUUAUUUGGAUAACUAAUCAACUACUGUUCCCCACAUUUACUGUUCAUGAGCAGGUUGCAGUUUUGUAAAACUAUGAAAUAAUUAACAUAACAAUGAAGACUGUCAGUCAUCCAGGUCAUGGUAUUCUUUAAGUGGUAGAGUUGGAGAUGUUUCACCUCUCAUCUGAAAGGCUUCAGUUCCAACAAAAACCUGAUGGGGAGCAGCAGGUAUCUAACCUCUAGUGUCACCUUGGAGGUGGUCCUAAGAGUUGUUGACCCACCCUGUCAUCAUGUGAGUUGUGAGGGUCACAUGAGCCAAGUUGUGAGUCCGAGUAUGAGCGUGACCCUCACGGCUCACACGAUGAGGACGACCUCCAAGGUAACAACCAAACCAGAGAUUAAAUACCUGCUACUCCCCAUCAGCUCUUUCAGACCUGAAGAAGCAGUUCAGAUGAGAGGUGAAACAUCCUCAAGAACCCAAAAAUAAGUUCAGUUCAGUCUUUAACUGACAAAACACACAAAAGAUGCACACAAAAGAACAAAUGGCUAUCUAAACAUUAUGUCCUAAAUGAUCAGAUACGAAGUGGCGAUAUUUAAAUUAAACCUUUGCCUUGCUUCUUUUUCCUUACCUUAGGUACAGUCAACAAGAUUAUUCACAGUAACUGUACAGUAAACAGGUUCCAUGCACUGUUUUAAAUGUGAGAUAUACUUUUUAGUUUUAUAUUCCACAGUCUCAGCGUUUUUAUCUGUGUAUUUUGAAUAUUAUCUUGUAUGUGUAUGUAGGCUUAACUCAUAGUUCUGUGCCAGAUUUGCACUUUAUGUAGAAACCGUGGAUAUUCCUAGUUAAAAAAAAAAAAAUAUUCAUUUCAUCUAUGUGAACGCUAGAAAGCAGCAACUGGGAAUCUUUGUAAUGUUAUAGUUAUUAUGAUGUGCAGUUUCUGUGACUCUCAAGUGAAAACAUUGAAUACAGCAUAUCACUGCCUUAGCACAAAAUGGCACACAUGAGUGCCUUUGUAUAGACUCAUUGUUGUCUUGGGCUGUUGAUGCUUGCAUAUGAAGGGCUGCUGCUCAAGAAAACUAGAUAGCCAUGCAGUACGUACACAUCUGUUCCUUUGGAUAACACUGACUGUGUUUCAGCUUAAUCCACUUCAAAGAACACAUUUUUAUUUCCUGUAUCCUUUGCUACUCUAUGUAAAAUGCACAAGAUCACUGUUAUCACAAGCUAUGGUACCAAAGCUCUUCUUAACGUUUAUAAAUGUCUUUUUAUCUGUGUCAUUUUAUAUGCUACAAAUGUGACAAUAAAGUGUAUUAUCAUAGUAUUGCUCA